UUGCUAGCUAUGUUCACAAACACCAUGGGGAACGCCAUGCUCCUCCUCCUCGUGCCCUUGCUCUCCCUGAUCAUGGCGUCGUCCACCCCUUCCACGCAGGCCCUGGUCCAGGACUUCUGCGUCGGCGACCUGGCCCGCGGCGACACGCCGGCGGGCUACCCGUGCAAGCCCGAGGCCGCCGUCACCGCCGACGACUUCUCCUACCGCGGCCUGUCCGCCACCGGCCCGACCAUCGAGCCCUUCAACAUCGCCCUCUCCUCGGCCUUCUCCCCGCGGUUCCCCGGCGUGAACGGGCUGGGCAUCUCCGCCGCCAUCGUCCACUUCGGCCCCGGCGGCGUCGUGCCGCUGCACUCCCACCCGGGCGGCAGCGAGCUCCUGUUCGUCGUCGAGGGCACGCUGUCCGCCGGCUUCAUCAGCUCCGUCACCAACAAGGUGUACACCCAGACGCUCCGCAAGGGCGACCUCAUGGUGUUCCCGCAGGGCCUCCUGCACUUCCAGAUCGCCACCGGCGCCGGCGCCGGCGGCAACGACGACAACGCGACGGCGCCGGCCGCCGUGGCGCUCUCGAUGUACAGCAGCUCCAACCCGGGCCUGCAGAUCCUGGACUUCGCGCUCUUCGCCAACAACCUCCCGAGCGAUGUGCUCAGCAAGGUCAGCGUGCUCGACGAGCUGCAGAUCAAGAAGUUGAAGUCUCUCUUUCGCGGGACCGGAUAAUUUAUAUAUAUUCCCUCCGAUUAUGCGUGGACUUUUU